AUGGCCUUCACUGCGGCAGAUAAAAUCCAAGUGACAUGUCGACAAAUUCCUUCAUGGCAUCGAAUUCCAAACACUUCAAUUCAAUCAAAGCCCCUCAUGGUAUACCACGACGCCUUCAACGCCACAGCCGCGGAGCUCACGCGCCGCCUAAGAUCAAUUGGGGUAGUCAUUCCCAAAUGGACUUAUACCAUGUAUAGCGAGACCCACUUCCACUCCACCACGCACGAGGUUCUAGGGGCCGUUGCAGGACGCGCACGCCUGUGCUUUGGAGGUGAAGAUAACCCCGGGCGUUACGAGCCGACGGUUCAUCGCGGUGACUUGAUCAUCGUGCCUGCUGGAGUGGGGCACCGACUGCUGGCAGACGAGGGAGAUGUGCCGUUCAAAAUGGUUGGGUCAUACCCUCCGCAAAGAGAGUGGGACAUGUGCUAUGGACGGCCGGGAGAAGAAGCAAAAGUGCAGGGCAUCCAGAAAUUGGAGUGGUUCCACCAAGACCCUCUGUAUGGGGAAGAUGGCCCUGCUCUGCACGUGUAG